AUGUCGGUCCUACCGCGUCGGGCCUCAGCGCCGCUGCGUCGUCGUCACUGCUACAGCUCCGUGCUCGAGAGCGCACUGGUGGGACUUGGUCGAGAAGACGCCGUGGUGCUUUCGACACGAAAGCCGCGCAAGAAAUGGCGCUUGGACGCGUACGAGAGCCCCCUUCGAGGGCUGCGGAAGGCUUUUAGCGCUCCGGCGCAGCGUUUGGACGUGUCUGGAGACAGAAAUCGAGCGACAAACGGCGAAGAAAGACGAGGAGACGAGGACGAAGACGAUCCGUUUGCCGACUUGAAGCUGUUUGUGUCCCGGAAGAAGAAGAAGAAGAAACAGAAGAAGAGAAAGCGACAGGAGAUGGAAAGAGUGGCAGUGUCUUCUCCAGCUGUAACGCGGAGUGCAACGAAGCAAAAGAAGGAGAGGCGCAAGAGGUGUGGCGCAGGUGCGCUGGAGCUGGCAGGAUGGAGGACGCCGGUGACGAGAUCAGUUGCUAACAAGAAGAAGUGGAAGCGCAGCAGUCUCGAGACGAUUGAAGACUUGGAGAUAAACGAAGAAAACGACGAGGAAGCAGGUGACGAUGUGAUUGUGACGAAGAAGCUUUUUCAGUCGCCAGAGAUGAGGAAGGAGAAGAAGAAAAGGAAGGAGGUGCAGAAGAAGGGAGUGGAGGAAACGAUAGUGGCAAAUGAAACACGAGUGGGUCACAAAGGAAAGCAGAAGGAAUGUCCUCGAGUGAUGCGAAAGGCGGUAGUGCUGGACCGGUGGUGUGUGGAGUGGCCGCCCGUGCUGGAGCAACAGGGUGGACGAGAUGGCGAGAGAGCGCUGCUUGUGCUGGCAGGACGCGUUAAUGGCAAAUUAGUGCAGUUCACGGUUGGAAAACGCAAAGGAACGACAAAGUUCACAUCUACAGACGGUGAGUACGUGGCGUUGUCGGGAAAACUGGACCGAGAUGCGGCCAAACAUGCGGGCAUGCCACGCGCGGCGAUGGAGUUGAUGUGUGAGGGUAUUCCGGCGUACUUUUACAAGCAUUUGCUUCCAUUUGUGCCAAAGUCGCGCAGUGUGACCAAAUAUGACAAGGCUGGAUCGAAACCAAGAGCAGUAAAAACGAAGGCAACUGGAGCCGACACGCGCAGUGUGUCGAUGCCUGUGGUAGAUGAAGAAAUCGAUCCAGGGAUCGAGACAACCAACAACCUGAGCCCGGUCCGACGUGACGCGAAGCCGAGAAAGACUUCCACUCUCGUAUCGGCUAAGGAUGAAAAAAAGAGCACAAGGAGCGACGGGUCAAAGUCUGAAGUAGACGUAGACGUUUGGACGACUGAACAGCAGGAGGCUCUGAUGGAUGCGAAGCUGAAGAUCCCAACGACUGCCUCGAACUUCUGGGCGCAGGUAGCACAGUACGUGCCAGGAAAGUCAGCAAAAGAUUGUCAAGCAAAAACGUUCGCGCAGUUUCGAUCCCCGCCAACUGAUCGAAAAGCAGCAAGUAAGUCUAUCAAACGAGCCAGCACUGAACCACAUACAGCCGUGCCAAGUAAGAUUGCGCGCGCUGGCUCAAAUAAGUUCAAAAAGCAAGUGCGCGAGUUUGUGGAAGAGUACGAGAAAAAGCACGUGGACGAUCUCUUUGAGACGACCCCGUCGAAGGAAGGUUUGCCAGAGCUACCCGAGUUCGAUUCCAUCAAGUCACCUGAGCUGGGGACACCCUCGUGUAGCUUUGACGAGGACGACUCGGAAAUGGACGAGUCACUUGGACGGCUGAAGAAAUUGAGCUCGCGCAGACGUGAUGAUAUUGAUUCGUACGUCUUGGGCAUCAACCGCUUGCACGUUGCUGGUGGUGGAGAGAUGAAAUGUGGCAAGGUCCGCCGCUUGACGACCGUGGCUACCCCGGUUGCAACAGCGAAGCCGAAGGCAGCGUUCACCAAGAAAAAGGCUGUAGAAUUUGUGGAAGAGGUUGGAUCACGCUCGCUGAAGGGUGUUCUGAGUCCAGGAGGAACAACAUGUGUUUGCCUGGAAAAGGGUGGCAGUUCGUCCGAGGACGAAGACGAAGCCGAUUACCACAGCAGUGAAGAAGAGCAGGACUUCGAUCUACCUUGA